GGCCGGCGGGACAGAAGACAGCAAAGCCGCCGCCCGGCUACGCGUAGAUGGAGCCAGCGGAGCCCGCGCGGCACGGGCAUCAGUAAGCCGCAAAGCCGCCGGACCGCACAGACUCGCCAUGGAGGAGGAGAGCGUGAAGGAGGGGAGUGAGAAGCCUCGUGGAGCACGCGCUGCAGACAAGUCUGGCUGGAUCAAGAAGAGCAGUGGGGGGCUUCUGGGUUUGUGGAAAGACCGAUACCUGCUGCUCUGUCAAGCCCAGCUGCUGGUCUACGAGAAUGAGGAUGAGCAGAAAUGUGUAGAGACGGUGGAACUUGGGAGCUAUGAGAAAUGCCAGGAUCUCCGUGCUCUCCUCAAGCGGAAACACCGCUUUAUCCUGCUUCGAUCCCCAGGGAACAAGGUCAGUGACAUCAAAUUCCAGGCCCCCAGUGGGGAAGAAAAGGAAUCCUGGAUCAAAGCUCUCAAUGAAGGGAUCAACAGAGGCAAGAACAAGGCUUUUGAUGAGGUAAAAGUAGACAAGACCUGUGCCCUAGAGCAUGUGACACGGAACCGGGUACGUGGGGGCCAGCGGCGCCGGCCACCAACAAGAAUCCACUUAAAGGAGGUAGCCAGUGCGGCUUCUGACGGGCUUUCACGCCUGGACCUCGACGUCCCGGACAGUGGACCGCCAGUGUUUGCUCCUGUCAGUGAUGACAGUGAAGACCAGCCUCAGGAGCCACCUCGGCCUCUCAUGCCUCCUGUCAAGCCUUCCCCAGUACCAGAAACUUCCAGCGCUGAUGACAGCAUGGACACUCCUGCAGGAGACAGAGCUCCAACCCCUGUCUCAGCAAGUUCCGAGGCCAAUCCUGAGAGCCAAAAGGAUGCGGAGGCCCCAGCAGAGGGCAGUGACUCUAAGAGGCUCCCUAACAGCACCCUGUCUGAGAAACUGAAGGUGAGCUGGGAGAACCCCAGCCCAGAGGAGCCUCCUGCUCCUGAGAGUGUGCCCUCUUCUGAGACUCCAGAGGCUGCCCCCAGGGAGAGCAAAAAGCCCCCUGCACCCCCUCCCAAGAUUCUUUCGGAGAAGAUGAAGGUCUGUAUGAGUGGGGUAGAUGCUUCCAGUCUAUCCCAGAAUUCCGAGGCCCCUGAGACCCCUGCCCCAGGCCCGACACAGGUGUCUGUAAAUGGUAUGGAUGCCGGUCCUGAGUCUGUUAUGCCGUCCCAGGCCAUGAGCAUCCCUGGAACUGCCCUAAAGGAUGCCAGAGCAUCCCCAGCACCACCCUGCUGGGACUUGCCAUCCCAGUUUCAUCCUCGCUCCUCUUCCCUUGGGGACCUCCUCAGAGAAAGCCCUCAGCGUCCACAGCUGCCCAAGGAAAAGUUGUAUCGGGCCCAGCUGGAAGUGAAGGUGGCCUCAAAACAGACAGAGAAAUUGUUGAACCAGGUGCUGGGCAGCGAACCACCAGCUGUGUGUGCCGAGUCGCUGCUCAGCCAGGCUGUAGAGCAGCUGAGGCAGGCCACCCAGGUCCUGCAGGAAAUGAGGGAUUUGGGAGAGCUGAACCAAGAAGGCCCUGGGCUGGUGCAGAAACGGAAGGAGCUGGUGACCCUCUACAGGAGAAGUGCGCCCUAGGCCUGCCAAGCCGGAGGCACAAACUCACCUACCCCCACGUUCCCCCAGCUGUCUGUCACUGCCCAACUUUGCUAAGAAACGAGCUACAGCUCAGGCUGUAGACGCAACACCGGGCACAUCAGGCUCGGCCAGGACUCCAGGCUCCUGAUGUCCUUUCUACCCUACCCUGGCUGGUGCUGGCAGGAACCCCCUGGGGCUACCUGUUCAGGUCUCUUCUCUAGGCUCUGGGCUUGGGAUGGAGCAUGUAAUCCUGUAGUCCAUACAGUUGCUGCUCUGGGGCUUUGGCACUGGGCUCGGAGUUUCCAGGAUGGCAUCGCCUUUGCUCUCACCCCCAACAGUCUACAUUCCUGACUUCUCUGUAGAGCACAGCUCUGCUGCCUGGGGCUCUCAUCUCCUGGUCUCCAGGCAGCUCCCAACCAGCCACACCCACUUAUUAUGAGUAGCUGAAGGGGUCUUGGGUCCAGGCUGUAGAGUCAUCUGUCAUCCUAGUGAAGUCUGGCCUUUAGCUGGAGUCAGAUGGGUAAGCAUCUGGGUGAAGGAGCCAUUUACUCUGGCUUGUUUCCCUUUCUGCAAACUGAGGGUCUUCUCCGAAGCGACCUUCCCCUUUGGAGAGCUGUGGCUUCCAGGGGAGGUAGGAACUCAGGCUUCCUGGUACAGUCUCAGCUCCUGGACCAGCUUCUGUCCAGCCUUGCACAUUCCUGAAGAUGAAAACUCUAGAGUGGCCUGUGCUAAUAUCGGAAAAACCUGAAUGUGAUUAUCAUUAAUCAACCUUUAGAGCCCCUGCCCCCACCCCUGCCUUCUGUGCCUCCCAGAUGGUAUUUAUCUGGGUCUCUGUGGUUCUUCCUCAGCUGGAGCAACUCUGAUAUCCACCCACUUUUCUUCACAUGCUGGAGUCUGUGACAACUCCCCACCUAUCAGGCCCCUGGAGGGCUGCCCCUCCUUAACUUCCAAAUGUAUUUCCUCCUCCCUCUCCCCUCCUCGCUUCCCCAUUGCCCCUGCCUCUGGGAGCGAUCCUAGAGUCUCUAACCCAGCUGCAGCAGCCAGCAGGACUGAGGCUGAAGCCUGGGUUGGGCACUGGGGGAGCGAGCCCUCACAGAGGAUCUGCCCUGAGGAUUCUGCAUGUGCACUUUCAUCUGCUGGAAGAGGAGGGUCACAGCAACACGAUGGCCUUUCCACUCACCCCAGUGCCCACCAAGGCCUGCCAGCCAGUGCCGGUCAAUGCCUUCCUUACUGUACUGUCACUUUCUUUCUGUGGGUAGUGGGCGAGGGCAGAGUAAGCCACCAUGGCGUGGCUCAUGCCCCCACUCCCGUCAGCCUCAAAUCAUACUCCUGGGGCUCCCAUGCCAGCCUGCCUUUACCUCCGUCUCCUGUACAAGACAAGAAUGUCCUCAGGUGUCCAGUCCUGAUCCCCUGCCAUCUUGGGAACAGUCGUCCCUACAGCAGAAAGGGUGCUGGACUUCUGCCAGGUCACCUGUUUCCAGGAAUUAGAGCCCCAGUCUGUGCUGUCAAGUGACUAGUUGUGGGAAUAGUCCUUGGGACUACUACCUUAGUGGCCAAAUGCUAUUGGUUGCCAUGGUGGGCUGGGUUGGGGUAGGGGCUGCACAGGACUGCCUCCCUGCCACCAUGGAAGGGGGCAUGCAGCGUCUUCUGCUUAUGGUCCAUCUUUCUUGAAAUUUGGCAAUAAAUCUCAUUUUAUGGAAA